AUGCCGAACAAACCUCACGCCCCGCGCGGGCCGAAGAAGUCUGUCCCGCCUGAAGAGGACACGAGUUUCAUUAUCUUCGACGACGGCAAAGGCAAGAAAAAGAAGAAAAGCGGCAAUGCACCAAGCGCUGCUGCGGAAAACAGCAAGACUGAUGCCAAAGGCAAGGGUAAAGCUACCGCAGAAGAACCUUCCGAUGCUCCCAAAAAGCCAGACACCAGGACACUUAUUGCCGGAGCCUCGUGGACCGGCAAGCUUCCCGUGAACAUAUUAUCCGAGUAUUUCCAGAAGCAGAAGUGGAACAAGCCAGACUAUCGGAUGCGAAAUGAAGAUGGUGUCUACUCUGCACACGUUGUCAUAUCGAAAACACAUCCAAAAACCCGGGAGACAACUGCACUACCACCGAUUCAUAUACCAUUAGAACUGGCCAAGAAGGCUCGUCAGCCUUCAGCUGUAGAAGCUCGUAAUUUUGCUGCUGUUUACACCCUUUUUCGGGUCGCAAGCGCAAAAAACAUGCAUAUGAUGCUGCCACCAACUUACAAGGAUCUCUGGAAAGGGGAGCUCACCGACCUCAAAAAGCAAGAUGAGAUGAUUGGCAAAGCGUGGAUGUAUGAGGCCGAUCCAUUUUUUGGGCACGCGGAGCGGGAGAAGGCCAAGGAAGUCGCAGCAAAAGAACGUGAAAAGAAGGAAAGGGCUCGCGUUGAAGCGGCAAAAGCGCACAACCUCACGCCGGGAAUGUCCACACCCAAUGCGCAAGGUGCACCUCCUAGUCGAAAUAUCUUGAAGGGUUGGGAGCGCGUGCCCAAAAUCGAGCUUGGAAAGAGGACAAGGAAGCAAGCCGAGCGGCUCAUUCGACGAGAUGCGGUCUGGAAUCCAAAUGGUAUCGUCAUGGAUCAGAAUGCUCGCAAAAAGGUCGUGGAAGAGGUUACAAAUCUAGGAUUUCGCCAAAGUCAUGUUGAAGAGGCCGCAGAGAUUUGCAAGAAUCGCGAAGAGGUCAUUGAAUGGUUGCUGAUACACGUACCUGAGGACGAUCUUCCGUCUUGGAGUCUCCCGGAAGGCUACGUCGCCGGAAUCAGCAUGGCAAGCGCAAACUUAAAGCGCGAGGGAGCUAUAAAGCGCCUCGCAGCCGCUGGCUACGCGGUAGAACUCUGUGAAGAGGCGUAUGACAGCCAAGGUGGAGACGAACGGAAAGCAGCGGCGCUUCUACAAAAGCACCUCCUUCGCCCUUUGGAUAGCGAGGAUGAAGUUGCACAAGAUCUUGAGCACCUCGCAGUGACGGACAGCGCAGAAAUAGAACAGAGCAUGGAUUCGUGGGAAGAGGAGAUGUCGUCUCUGGAAGCAAUAUAUGACAAGCUCUUCUCGCGUCCUUCUUCAACCAUGUGCCGGAUCGAGCUGGAUAUCAAGCAACAGGGGAAGCGUUUGAUACUUCAAGUUCAUCAACCGUACGGACCGUAUCCCCUGAUAGUGCCAAUCAUUACUUUCGAGGCUGCUAUUCCUGCCUAUAUCCGAUUGAGCAUUAUCCGAAAGGCCCUGCUGCACGCAGAAGAGAACUUCCUCGGAAUGCCGAUGAUAUAUGACAUCGUUGACUGGCUUCAACAGAAUGCAGGGGAUAUCUUCAAGAACCCAGGGAGACUCACUGACGUCUCUGCUGGUCUAUCAGCGGACCAUCAGACCUCGAACCCGCAGGCCUAUACGAAAAGCAAAGGCAGACCACGCCGACCUAUCGAUUGGAAACCAGCAAGCCCCCAGAGCCAAAAGAUACUAGCCGAUUGGGAAGCGAAACAAGAGACGCCAAUGCAACAAAAGAUGAUGGCUGCGCGCCAGUCUUUGCCCGCGUGGAGACUUCGCGAACAGAUCGUUAAGGUUGUAAAUCAGAGCCAGGUCACCAUCAUAUCCGGUGAGACAGGUUCUGGAAAGAGUACGCAGUCUGUGCAGUUCGUCCUUGAUGACUUGAUUCAGCGAAAGCUUGGGGGCGCAGCGAACAUCAUUUGUACCCAGCCGCGCCGAAUUUCUGCGCUUGGUCUAGCGGACCGUGUGGCGGACGAGCGAUGCUCACAAGUUGGGGACGAGAUCGGUUACACUAUUCGAGGAGAAUCCAAGCAGAAGCCGGGUGUGACGAGGAUCACUUUCGUCACCACCGGUGUACUUCUCCGGCGCCUGCAAACUUCGGGUGGCAGUUCGGAUGAUGUUGUAGCCGCCCUUGCCGAUGUCAGCCAUGUCGUCGUCGACGAGGUCCACGAGCGUAGUUUGGACACCGACUUCCUCCUUGUCCUCCUGCGCGAUAUCCUCAGACGUCGUAAAGACCUCAAGGUCAUCUUGAUGAGUGCUACUCUUGAUGCAGAGGUCUUUGAGCGAUAUUUCCAUGAUGUGGGCCCAGUAGGACGCGUGGAAAUACAAGGCCGGACAUUUCCCGUGCAGGACUGGUACAUGGACGACAUCGUGCAUGCCACGGGCUUUUCGGGUGCAGCUGCUGGAUUCGAAGAAGAUACUGGAGCCAAGCAACUUUCCGGCAACCUCAUGAGUGUUGGUUUCGGCAUUAAUUACGACCUCAUCGCCGAGACAGUGCAUUAUAUUGAUCAGCAGCUCGGCGAAAAAGACGGUGGGAUUCUGAUAUUCUUACCUGGAACCAUGGAAAUCGACCGAACCCUUCAAGCGCUGAGGAACUUCUCCAAUUUCCACGCUCUUCCCCUACAUGCUUCUCUCAUGUCUACUUCAAUCACUAUCGAGGACAUCGUCGCCGUCAUUGACACUGGUCGUGUAAAGGAAACCAGCUUUGACCCCCAAAACAACAUGGUCCGACUCGCCGAAACGUGGGCUUCUCGUGCAGCUUGCAAACAACGACGUGGGCGUGCUGGUCGUGUCCGGGCUGGAGAGUGCUAUAAGCUCUAUACACGUAAUGCUGAAGCCAAAAUGAUGGAGCGACCUGAGCCCGAAAUCAGGCGCGUGCCUCUGGAGCAGCUCUGUCUAUCAAUCAAAGCUAUGGGUGUCCAGGACGUUUCGGGUUUCCUUGCCUCGGCACUGACCCCCCCUGAAAGCACCGCAGUCGAAGGGGCUGUCAGACUUUUAGGUCAGAUGGGUGCCAUUACGGACAAUCAACUUACUGCAUUGGGUCGACAUAUGUCCAUGAUCCCUGCGGAUCUGCGAUGUGGAAAGCUGCUUGUUUAUGGUGCGACAUUUGGCUGUCUUGAAGCUGCUCUUACCAUUGCUUCGGUCUUGACGGCCAGAAGCCCGUUUCUCUCUCCCCGCCAACGAGACGAGGAGACACGAAACGAGUUCGAGCGGAUUCGAUCUUCGUUUUCCAACAAUCAAGGCGACCUGCUCAUCGAUGUACGCGCCUAUGAGCAAUGGUCCGCCUUUCGCAGCAAAGGAGCGUCUACACGCGACCUUCGCGCAUGGUGCAGUGCUAAUUCACUCUCACCACAAACCCUCUUCGACAUAGCUUCCAAUCGCUCGCAAUAUCUCUCCUCGCUCAAAGAGAUCUCGUUCAUCCCAACAAGCUACACCUCCACCAACCCACAAACUCAAGGCUCGUACAACAAGCAAAAUCACAACGAUGCACUCAUCCGUGCCCUCAUAGCCGGUGCAUUCAACCCGCAGAUCGCCCGCAUCCAGCUGCCCGAGAAGAAGUUCGCAGCGGGUAUAGCGGGUGCAGUCGAACUCGAUCCGUCAUCCCGCGAGAUCAAGUACUUCAACCAAGAGAACGGACGCAUCUUUGUGCAUCCUUCGUCCUCGCUCUUCUCUGCGCAGACGUUCCCGUCAAAUGCCUCCUUCAUCGCGUACUUCACUAAGAUGGCUACCACCAAGAUCUUCAUACGCGAUCUUACGCCGUUCAAUGCGUAUAGUCUGUUGAUGUUUGCGGGUGAUAUCAGGGUUGACACGUUGGGUCGGGGGCUUGUGGUGGAUGACUGGAUUAGGCUGAGGGGGUGGGCGAGAAUUGGAGUGUUAGUUAGUCGGCUGAGGAGCAUGUUGGAUAAGGUUCUUGAAAGCAAGGUUCAAGAGCCGGGGCGGGAGCUUGGGGAGAGAGAGCGCGAUGUUGUAGAUGUUGUUAGGGGACUGGUAGAGAGGGAUGGGUUGGAUAACUAGACCCGAUAGCGACUUGGCAGGCUGUCGUAUUUCUGGCGCGUCUUCUUGUGGCUUUAGCGAUUGGAAAGCUGGACUGGGCAUAGAUGGUUGAUUAGACGGGAGUCAUAGCAGCAUGGCAGUCCUCUUCGCACUCUACUUUAUCUCUCGAUACGCAAGACUUAGGCUGAUUAGGCUCAGGUCCAAGAACAACUUGGAUGAAUGUCAACAUG